GGAAGUUGCGGUGGCUGGUACCUGACAGCUGGGGAGCAAGCGGCUGACGUGCCGCGGGGAUAAAGCCUUUCCCCUUCUGGGAACCCAGCUCGGAUCGGAGGCCGCGCCGUGUUUCUCACCCACGAUCCCAAUGCACUAGAAGUAAGGCGCAGGCUCCCUGAACGAACGAAGAUGGAUAGAAAGAGAGAGGUCUAGAGGAGACGAGUGGCAGGGUGAGGGAUCCUUCUAGAGAGACUUCACAGAAGCAGGAGGAAUAGAAAAGAAGAGGAAAAAAAAAAAAGGCAGAUGUUAGAAAAAUACAGUGAGUGACCUGCUAGGUGUAAUCAGCCAUGAUUGAAAAAUACAAUCUGUCAACGGGAGAUAAAGAUGCUGCAGCUGUGUUUCAUGAGAGGGGGCCUCGGGUUCCUGGGCGCCAAGCGCCUCUGCCUGAUCCAUGCCGCCUUCCAGAGCACCCAGCGAGUGGAGUACAAGCCCAUCAAGAAAGUCAUGGUGGCCAACAGAGGGGAAAUUGCCAUCCGGGUGUUCCGAGCCUGCACCGAGCUGGGGAUCCGGACGGUUGCCGUCUAUUCCGAGCAGGACACGGGGCACAUGCACAGACAGAAGGCGGAUGAGGCUUAUCUCAUUGGGAAGGGAUUGCCCCCAGUCCAGGCGUAUUUGCACAUUCCUGACAUCAUCAAAGUAGCCAAGGAGAAUGAAGUGGAUGCUGUGCACCCCGGCUACGGCUUCCUUUCUGAGCGCUCGGACUUCGCCCAGGCUUGCUGUGAUGCUGGAGUACGCUUCAUCGGCCCCAGCCCAGAGGUGGUACGCAAGAUGGGUGACAAGGUGGAAGCUCGCGCCAUCGCCAUUGCUGCAGGGGUCCCUGUGGUGCCGGGCACUGACUCCCCAAUAUCAUCUCUCAAUGAGGCCCAUGAGUUCUCCAACAAGUAUGGCUUCCCUAUCAUCUUCAAAGCUGCGUAUGGCGGAGGCGGACGGGGCAUGAGGGUCGUGCGCAGCUAUGAGGAGCUGGAGGAGAAUUACACCCGGGCAUUCUCAGAGGCGCUGGCUGCUUUUGGGAACGGGGCUCUCUUUGUGGAGAAGUUCAUCGAGAAGCCAAGACACAUUGAGGUCCAGAUUCUGGGGGACAAGUAUGGGAAUGUGGUGCACCUUUACGAGCGGGACUGCUCCAUCCAGAGGCGGCACCAAAAGGUCGUGGAGAUUGCCCCGGCGGCUCACCUCGACUCCCAGCUCCGUACCAAACUUACCAACGAUGCCGUCAGGCUGGCCAAGCAGGUGGGAUAUGAAAAUGCUGGGACCGUGGAGUUCCUGGUAGAUAAACAUGGCAAACACUACUUCAUUGAGGUGAAUUCCCGGCUUCAAGUGGAGCACACGGUGACAGAAGAGAUCACAGACGUGGACCUGGUGCAUGCCCAGAUCCACAUCGCGGAGGGGAAGAGCCUGGCAGAGUUGGGCCUGCGGCAGGACAGCAUCCGCAUCAAUGGCUGUGCCAUCCAGUGCCGCGUCACCACCGAGGACCCCUCCCGUGGCUUCCAGCCCGACACCGGCCGCAUCGAGGUUUUCCGAAGCGGUGAGGGCAUGGGUAUCCGUCUGGACAGCGCCUCCGCCUUCCAGGGGGCUAUCAUCUCUCCUCACUAUGAUUCCCUGCUGGUCAAGGUGAUUGCCCAUGGGAAGGACCAUCCCACGGCUGCCUCCAAAAUGAGCCGAGCCCUGGCUGAGUUCCGCAUCCGAGGUGUCAAGACCAACAUCCCCUUCCUGCAAAACGUGCUGAGCAAUGACCAGUUCCUGCGGGGCACGGUGGACACACAGUUCAUCGACGAGAACCCUGAGCUCUUCAAUCUGCGCCCGGGCCAGAACAGGGCCCAGAAGCUGCUACAUUAUCUGGGCCACGUGAUGGUCAACGGCCCCAUCACACCCAUCCCUGUCAAGGCCCGCCCAUCCCCCAUUGAUCCCGUGGUGCCCACUGUGCCUUUGGGUGACCCCCCUACUGGCUUCCGAGAUAUCCUGCUCCGGGAGGGUCCCCAGGGCUUUGCCAAGGCCGUGCGGCAGCACCGUGGGCUGCUGCUCAUGGACACGACCUUCCGGGAUGCUCACCAGUCCCUGCUGGCCACCCGCGUCCGCACACAUGACCUCAAGAAGAUCUCGCCCUUCGUAGCCCACAACUUCAACAACCUCUUCAGCAUUGAGAACUGGGGAGGUGCCACAUUUGACGUCGCCAUGCGUUUCCUGUACGAGUGCCCGUGGCAGCGGCUGCAGGAGCUCCGUGAGCUUAUCCCCAACAUCCCCUUCCAGAUGCUGCUGCGGGGGGCCAACGCCGUGGGGUACACCAACUACCCCGACAACUCCGUCUUCAAGUUCUGUGAAGUGGCAAAGGAGAACGGCAUGGACAUCUUCCGGGUCUUCGAUUCCCUCAAUUACCUGCCCAACAUGCUGCUGGGAAUGGAGGCAGCGGGGCAAGCCGGGGGGGUGGUGGAGGCUGCAAUCUCCUACACGGGAGACGUGGCCGACCCCACCCGCACCAAAUACACCCUGGAAUACUACAUCCAGCUGGCCGAGGAGCUGGUGAAAGCUGGGACGCACAUCCUCUGUAUCAAGGACAUGGCUGGGCUGCUGAAGCCGCGCGCCUCGGAGCUGCUGGUGGGGGCGCUGCGCCAGCGCUUCCCCGAGACGCCCAUCCACAUCCACACCCACGACACCUCCGGGGCGGGCGUGGCCUCCAUGCUAGCCUGCGCCGCCGGCGGCGCUGACAUCGUCGAUGUGGCCGUGGACGCCAUGUCCGGCAUGACCUCGCAGCCCAGCAUGGGCGCCUUGGUAGCCUGCACCCGGGGCACCAGCCAGGACACAGGCAUCCAGAUGGAGAAGGUGUUUGACUACAGCGAGUACUGGGAGAUGGCGCGGGGCCUGUACGCCGCCUUCGACUGCACGGCCACCAUGAAGUCGGGCAACGCUGACGUGUAUGAGAACGAGAUCCCGGGCGGCCAGUACACCAACCUGCACUUCCAGGCCCACAGCAUGGGGCUGGGCAACAAGUUCAAGCAGGUCAAGAAGGCCUACGUCGAAGCCAACAAGCUGCUGGGGGAUCUCAUCAAGGUGACGCCGUCAUCGAAGAUCGUGGGGGACCUGGCGCAGUUCAUGGUGCAGAACAACCUGUCGCGGCAGGAGGUGGAGGCCAUGGCAGACGAGCUCUCCUUCCCACUCUCCGUGGUGGAGUUCCUGCAGGGCUACAUCGGGAUCCCCUACGGGGGCUUCCCUGAGCCCUUCCGCUCCAAGGUGCUGAAGGACCUGCCCCGCAUCGAGGGGCGCCCGGGGGCCUCGCUGCCCGCCCUGGAUUUCCAGCAGCUGGAGAAGGAGCUGCGCACGCGGCACCAGGAGGAGGAGAUCACCCCCGAGGACGUGCUCUCGGCCGCCAUGUACCCCAAGGUGUUCGACGAGUUCAAGGAGUUCACAGCCACCUUUGGCCCCGUCGAGUGCCUCAACACCCGCCUCUUCCUGGAGGGACCCAAGAUCGCCGAGGAGUUCGAGGUGGAGCUGGAACGUGGAAAGACCCUGCACAUCAAAGCCCUCGCGCUGGGAGACCUGAACCGGGCUGGCCAACGUGAGGUCUUCUUCGAACUCAAUGGGCAGCUGCGCUCCAUCCUGGUCAAGGACACACAAGCCAUGAAGGAGAUGCAUUUCCACCCCAAGGCGCUGAAAGACAUCAAGGGCCAGAUUGGGGCCCCCAUGCCCGGCAAGGUCAUCGACAUCAAGGUGGAGGAGGGGGCAAAGGUCGACAAGGGGCAGCCCCUGUGUGUGCUCAGCGCCAUGAAGAUGGAGACCGUGGUCAACUCCCCCGUGGCCGGCACGGUCAAAAAGAUCUACGUCAAACCGGACAUGAACCUAGAGGGGGAUGACCUCAUCCUGGAAAUCGAAUAGGCUCCGCCUCCUCCCCUGCUGCAUUCUGCUUCCCCUCCCCCAUCCCGGACAGAGACGUGCCCCCCAAUGUGUCGGAUGCAGCCGGCACACUGUCACUUUAAGGGCAUGCCACGCCCACUUUUAACCCUUUGCUUGCAGGAGACACACCAGCUUCUUUCUCUCCCUCCACCCAGUCCUGCAAUCCCCAUGGGAGUCCUGCUUAGCCAGUCAGGCACCUGGGGGAAGUGCAGUUCCUUCCACCGCCAUCAGGGGAGCCUGUGGCUCAUGCAGCCUGGUGUGCAAUUCCUUCUACCGCCACCAGGGGGUGUAUGUGCACCUGUCAUGGAUUGACAGGGCUGUGUUACGCCCCAGUCUUUACACAGUCUUUUGGCUGUGACCCCCUUGGUGUGCCAGACCCACACUUUCCCCAGGCACCCAUGAGGCCUCAGCAACUCCAGGACUGGGUCUUUGGGAACCAGCCCCCCAGUUCCUCCUGUGAGCUCCAGCCAGUGCAGCUGCGACCAGACUGCCAUGGAGACUCUCCCUUCUCCGGGAGCGACGCGCCCAGGGAGGAUCUGCAGCGAGGCCGGGCAGCCUGGCCAGGCCGAGGGAGCAUUGAUUAGUCACCUGGGAUCCAGCAUCGCAGGGUCCUCAGGCCAGAGCCUGUGUUGGUGGGAGCCAGGACCCCAGCAUGCAGGGCCGCCGGGGGGGGGGGGGACAAGUGGGGCAAUUUGCCCCAGGCCCCGGGCCUCACGGGGGGCCCUACGAGAAUAUAGUAUUCUAUAAUAUUGCAACUUUUUUUUUAUGGAAGAGGCCCCCAAAAUUGCUUUGCGCCAGGCCCCCUGAAUCUUCUGGGCGGCCCUGCCAACAUGUCCUGCUGCCCUGAGACCCUGUUUUGCUCUCUGUCCCGGCUGCUCACCCCUGUUCUCCCUUUGUUUCCGGCUCCAGGUCUUUGGCCUCUGCCUCCCUGCAGAGUGCUGGAGGGAGUCCCUGCUCUCAGCUGCCAUUGGCAGUGCAGGGUCCCGUGGGCCCAUUGGCAGGCCCUUGCCAAUGCAGGGCCUUCCAUUUGUGUGUCUGUUGCAGUCCGGACCGGUUCCAGCCCAGGCAGCAGGCAUGGCAGAGCCCUUCCCUUAGCUCCUGAGCCCAUGGACGCAAUCAGCUCGUUCCCCCCAGAGGGCAGCGAUGCAACGUGGCCAGUCCGGAGUCACCCAGAUAGUUCAUAACUCUACAAAGAAGUCCCACGUGUGUGUCAGCAUCAUGCAGCCUAGGGGUGCAGUUCCCUCUGCCUCCACCAGGGGGCAUCUGAUCUCAGAGGCUAAGCAUUGCUGGGGAGGUGCUGUCCCCUCCCAUCCCACUUACUCUGCUGCCAAUUGCAUUAUACCCAUCAACAGCCAGGAGGCGCUGCCCCAUCCAGUCCAGUUACCCCCCUGCACCAUGUGGGGUGCUGUCCCCCUGCGCCUCCAGCCCAGGUACCCCCCAACUCUGGGGGGCACCUUCCCCACAGGCUGCCCCUGCUUUCUAUACCCCCCAAUAGCUGCUGUCCCCCCACCCCGGGCUCAACCAUGACUCCUUUCUCCCUUGGGGCAGAACAGUGCCCUACCAGAGCUCCUGGGUCCUGCCCCCAGCUGCGGGGAGGAGGGGCUCCUUUCCCCUGCCAUGCUGUCUCAGGGGACCCCUCAGCUGAGGGGGCUCCUCUUGCUGCUUGAACCCUGGGCUAGUCUAACGCGCAAUCAGGUUUCUUUUCUAUUGUCUUAACUGCCAAUCCCUGCCCCCAAAUACGUACGCCCCUCCCCCCUUCAGAGCAGGGGGGGACUCAGGGGUAUCACCAGCCAUGGAUUGCCCCCACCCCUGCUCCCGGCGACCCCAGGCCUCGUGUCGAUCUGGAUGGGGCAUUCCGUAGGGGCACCGCACGGAGAGGUGGUGAGAGGGGGCACCCAGUGGGUAGCGACCAAAGCAAUCAUGCUGAGUUUUAGGGGGGGGAGGGGUGUCAGAUGUUUACAGGGUUGUUUGCCCAGAGCUGGGGGAGGGGGUGAGAUCCCUUCCCCCCCUGCCUGAGGGCACGGGAACAAACCUCACAUCGGUGAGGACAGUCUGCGGUGCAGGAGCUGCCAAGCGGGAUUCCGUUAGGGCCCCUCCCCAGCGCCCCAUUGGGCUGGAAGGGUCAAGGCCGUUUUGGGAAGGACUCAGUGACUCGGGUCCUUGAGGGGCCGGCCCCGGCUGGGCAAUAAAACUCAUCUCACUAACCGCUCA